UGGCCCACACCCCGCACACCACCGCCGAUGGCGCGCCUCCACCGUGCCAGGAUGGGCCAUGAGCGGUACGCUGAGUGCAUGCGCAUCCUCCUGCUCGCGGCAGUGUGCGGAGCGCUAGGUGAGGAGGACCUAUUACUCGUUUUGGGCGCAUAUUGGGUGGUGAAAUGGCGCGCGUUCCAAGAGCUCGUCGCGCCGACACAUCUAGAUGGUAUGAGGUACGACUUCAUGGAGGUGCUUGGUGGGUUCGACUUCAAGGAACUGUUGAGGGGGGGGAGAGGAGUGCUAAGAAUUCCGGCACGUCUGUGUUUGGCAGUCACUCUGUGGAGAUUUUCUGCGCCGACGACGUUGCUACGCGAUCGCCUGUUCUGGGGCAUGGGGGAGACACUCGUAUGCGAGGUGUUCAAUGUCACCAUUGAGGCAAUAUACGAUCGAUGGGGACACCUUGUGCGGGAUUUGCAGGUCGAUGCUAUUCUUCCUAAGAUAGGCGACUUCUGUGAAGCAAUAUCUAGCCGCGGCUCGCCCCUUCCACGCUGUUGGGGCUUCCUCGAUGGCACAAUUCGAAAAAUCUGCCGUCCUGGUCGUUGGCAACGUAUGUACUAUAAUGGAUGGAAACGUCUCCAUGCCCUCAAGUAUCAGGCAGUAGAUUCUCCGGACGGUAUCAUUCGCCAGCUUUGGGGUCCUGCCCUCGGUCGCCGCCACGAUGUAGCGCUACUAGGGGAGAGCGACCUGCUUGCUGUGUUGAUGCAAUCGUUCAAUGAUGCUCAGGAAGAGCCGUACUACCUGUACGGUGCUCCGGCGUACCAGAACUCGCCGUGGUUGAUGUCGCCAUAUCGGGGUUUGUUGACCCCUGAGGAAGCUGGCUUCAAUUCCGCCAUGAGCAGUGUUAGGGUUCCGGUGGAAUGGGGGUUCGGUCGAGUCGUCGCCCAGUGGCCCUACGUAGACUACCACAAGAAGCAGCAGGUCGGUCUAAGCGCGUGUGGCCUCGGCAAGCAGUAUUCUGUCGCCGGCAUUCUCACCAAUUGCCAUUGCUGCUUCUACCCAAAUUCGACGGCACAGUACUUUGACCUCCAACCCCCGUCCCUCGAGGAAUACCUACAGGGAGAGGGGUAAGUAGAACGUACUUGAAAUGA